CGCGGGCGGGCGGCGCGGGGCGGCCAGGAGCUGCCGCCGCCGCUCCCCCGUUCCUCAGGCGCUGCCGGCGCGGAGCAGAGCGGGCCGGGCCGGGCCUGCCCGGGCCCGCCCGCCCGCUGCUCCCCCCGCCAUCACCACCAUACCCCCGUUGCCGUCCCGCUGCCGCCGCCCCCCAGCCGCCACCAUGCAGGAGCUCAUCGCCAGCGUGGACCACAUCAAGUUCGACCUGGAGGUGGCCGUGGAGCAGCAGCUGGGGGCGCAGCCGCUGCCCUUCCCCGGCAUGGACAAAUCGGGCGCGGCUGUCUGUGAGUUCUUUUUAAAAGCGGCCUGUGGAAAAGGGGGCAUGUGCCCGUUCCGACACAUCAGUGGGGAGAAGACAGUUGUUUGCAAACACUGGCUACGAGGACUGUGCAAAAAGGGAGACCAAUGCGAGUUUCUACACGAGUAUGACAUGACCAAGAUGCCUGAGUGUUACUUCUACUCCAAAUUUGGGGAAUGCAGUAACAAAGAAUGUCCAUUCUUGCACAUUGACCCGGAGUCUAAGAUCAAAGACUGUCCCUGGUAUGACAGAGGCUUCUGUAAACAUGGUCCCCUCUGCAGACACCGGCACACUCGAAGAGUCAUUUGUGUGAAUUACCUGGUAGGAUUCUGUCCAGAGGGGCCUAGCUGUAAAUUCAUGCACCCUCGGUUUGAACUGCCAAUGGGAACCACAGAGCAACCACCACUGCCUCAACCGACACAAACACAGCAAAAGAGGACACCCCAAGUCAUCGGAGUCAUGCAGUCUCAAAAUAACAACGCUGGGAACAGAGGACCCCGGCCGUUGGAGCAGGUCACCUGCUACAAGUGUGGUGAAAAAGGUCAUUAUGCCAACAGAUGCACCAAAGGACAUCUGGCCUUUCUCAGUGGACAGUGAAAGAGCAGAACGAAGAAUGCAAGGGAGCUAUUAACACUGAGAAAAGGUUUCUGCCUAGUGCUAUGUCUUGAACUAUUAAUCAGGGGGUUUUUUUAAUGCCAUUACUGAAAGAACUGGUCAGAGGCUGGCUGCUGCUAAGCAACAUUUUUGUAACUGUCCACAACUUUUUUGUUUUAUGUUUUAACCUUUUUAAAAUAGAUUUUGGCCUCUGCCUCUCUUCACUGAGCCCUGCUGAAAGGUUGAUCUAAAAGCCAAGAGAUAUGCAAACCCCUCACUGGUGCAGCACUCUACCUAAAAAACAUGUCUUCUGCCAGUGUUUCUUUAAAGUGUUUCUCUAAGGUUUUCCUUCUGCCACUUCUCUUUGGGGAACCUCUGGAAGCAGGCAGAUUGACUGGGAAAACUAAUACUUGAAAUGCCUUCCCUUCAGUGAGGAAGCAGGGAUUCUGCUGUCCUGUAGCUCUUAAAAAGCAAAGUCAUGUUCCCAGGUCCAGCCUGUUGUAGUCGAUAAGCUUGUCCUGGUGGCUCACUUAAGGCUUCACAUAUGUGAGGCUGUAAAACUCUCAUCCACUUGCUUUGUUUCUGUGCUUCUUGCUCUGCUGAAGGUUAGAAAUUCAUCUUCUGGGUGAGACCUGAUCAAGGAGAGAAUAAAUUGGCAUCUCUGUGGUUAGCCAGACCGGGAGGAACAAUGACUAUAGGAAAGCCAUGCCUGUGCUCAUGUUCCAUUUGCAAACAGCGAGGGGAAAUGAGCACAGCUUGAAGAGUAGGAAUAGAAGAGCCUUGUCUCAGCCCCCCCGACGUCCAGCUCACACUGAGCAGGUAUUUCCAUAGCCUAGAGAAGACUGAGAAGUGGAGAUGUAUAUUCUUAUGGAACACUGCUUUUAAAAGUGGUAGAGUGUUCUGAGAGCAAUUUUUGUAGCCAAACCCCUUUCAUUUUGUGAGAAGAUUAUUUCAAAAGGGCCAAUGAUAAAAUGUCAAUUAAAAACAAGGAAAAAAAAAAAGUAUCUACAAUGUGAGCCUUAUUGAUUCUGAGCCCUCUCCUUUGCUGCCUUUUUACUUUGUUUUUAUUGAAAUGUACUGCUGGAAAAAGCUGGCUGUGAAUUUCUUUUCUUGUUAAGAACAAGGCAGUAUGCCUGGAUGAAGUGACCAGAGCA